AUGAGGGAAGAAGAAGACAACAACGAAAACAAACGUUCACAGGACAACAACGAAAACAAACGUUCACAGGACAGUAGCGCGAACAAAAGUCCACCUGACAACAACGUAAACAAACGAUCACACGACAAUAACGUAAACAAACGUCCACCUGACAACAACGUAAACAAACGUCCAUCUGACAACAACGUAAACAAACGUCCACCUGACAGCAACGUAAACAAACGUCCAUCUGACAGCAACGUAAACAAACGUUCACCUGACAACAACGUAAACAAACGUCCAUCUGACAACAACGUAAACAAACGUUUACUCUACAACAACGUAAACAAACGUUCACCUGACAACAACGUAAACAAACGUCCAUCUGACAACAACGUAAACAAACGUUCACCUGACAACAACGUAAACAAACGUCCAUCUGACAGCAACGUAAACAAACGUUCACCUGACAACAACGUAAACAAACGUCCAUCUGACAACAACGUAAACAAACGUUCACCUGACAACAACGUAAACAAACGUCCAUCUGACAGCAACGUAAACAAACGUUCACCUGACAACAACGUAAACAAACGUCCAUCUGACAGCAACGUAAACAAACGUUCACCUGACAACAACGUAAACAAACGUCCAUCUGACAACAACGUAAACAAACGUUUGCAGAACAACAACGUAAACAAACGUCCAUCUGACAACAACGUAAACAAACGUUCACCUGACAACAACGUAAACAAACGUCCAUCUGACAACAACGUAAACAAACGUUCACCCUACAACAACGUAAACAAACGUUCACCUGACAACAACGUAAACAAACAUGACAUCUUGGUAUUCGGAAUAGCGAACUCUCGUGUCAUCCACUGGCGGUCCAUCAAUACAAUUGUGUGCUCAAGGCAUUGGGAUUCCGCGCCCGCGUUGUCUCAGCAGAUCGACUCUUCCGUAAACGUGUGUCGUAAGUGUCACAAGUGUAGCAAGUGUAGCAAGUGUUGCAAGUGUCGCAAGUGUCGCAAGUGUCGCAAGUGUCGCAAGUGUCGCAAGUGUCGCAAAUGUCGCAAGUGUCGCAAGUGUCGCAAGUGUCGCAAGUGUAGCAAGUGUCGCAAGUGUCGCAAGUGUCGCAAGUGUCGCAAGUGUCACAAGUGUCGCAAGUGUCGCAAGUGUCGCAAGUGUCGCAGGUGUAGCAAGUGUCGCAAGUGUCGCAAGUGUCGCACGUGA